UUGGUACGAGCCACACCACACACACACAAAACUUUACACUGCUCUUCCUUUCUCUCUCUCUCUCACGCAUAGAGAGAACAUAAGCACAACAAUGGUGGCCACCUCAGUCUCUCCUAUUCAUUCUGCCAAUGUGGUCUCUUCAACUCCCUCACUCUCUCUUCUUUCCUCAUUAUCAUCUCACUCUUCAUCUUCUUCUUCUUCAUCUUCAUCAUCUUCUAUUCUGUCCUUUCAACCAUCUUACAGGCCUUGCUCUCUCCUUCUCUACACCAACACCCACUUCAGAACUAGCUGCAAAUCCAAGGCUUUGAAAGUGAAUUGUUCAGUGAGUGAGCCAUUGAAAGUGAUGAUAUCAGGUGCACCAGCAUCAGGCAAAGGAACCCAAUGCGAAUUGAUUGUAAACAAGUUUGGAUUGGUACACAUAUCAACAGGAGAUCUUCUAAGAGCUGAAGUGUCAUCAGGGACAGAAAUUGGAAACAAAGCAAAAGAGUACAUGAAUGCUGGUCGUCUGGUUCCUGAUGAGAUUGUCACAACUAUGGUAACAUCAAGAUUAUCACGUGAAGAUACAAAAACAAAAGGGUGGCUUCUUGAUGGAUAUCCAAGAAGUUCCAACCAAGCACAGAGUUUGGAGAAAAUGAAGAUUAGGCCAGAUGUUUAUAUCGUUUUAGAUGUUCCUGAUGAAACUCUAAUCGACAGAUGCAUUGGAAGAAGGCUGGACCCAGUGACAAAGAAGAUUUACCAUCUCAAGAGUUUCCCUCCGGAGAGUGAGGAAAUUAAAGCAAGACUUAUUACCCGUCCAGAUGACACUGAGGAAAAGGUAAAGUCACGGCUUGAAAUAUACAAGCAAAAUGCAGCAGCAAUUUCAUCCACUUAUUCAGACAUAAUGAAAAAGAUUGAUGGAAACCGCUCAAAAGAAGAAGUUUUUGCAGAAAUAGAUGCUUUGCUAUCACAAGUGCAAAAAGAUAAAGAAAAGGCAACAAAGUUAGGGAAACCAACACUCGGAAGUGGUAACCACUUGAAGGAGCCAUCUACAAGUCAGGAUAACUGGAGGGGCAUCCCUACUAGAUUGAAUAAUAUUCCUCAUUCCAGAGAAAUUAGAAAAUAUUUCUACGAUGAUGUGUUACAAGCCACACAGAGAGCUAUAAAUGAUGGAAGAACUCGAAUAAAGGUGGAGAUUAAUAUUCCAGAACUGAACCCAGAAAUGGAUGUUUAUCGAAUAGGUACCUUAAUGGAACUUGUUCGGGUAAUUGCUCUUUCAUUUGCAGAUGAUGGAAAGCGUGUCAAGGUUUGUGUCCAAGGCUCUAUGGGGGAAGGAGCUCUUGCAGGAAUGCCAUUGCAGCUUGCUGGUACUAGAAAGAUCUUAGAGUUCAUGGACUGGGGUGAAUAUGGUGCAAUGGGAACAUUUAUCAAUAUUGGAUCCAUAGGUGCCAAAGAGGUGGAUGAGCAAGAUGACAUAUUUAUUCUGGUGGCUCCUCAAAAUGCUGUAGGAAACUGUAUAAUUGAGGAUCUACAAGCGAUGACUACUGCUGCUGGGGACCGGCCAGUUAUUCUGAUAAAUCCUCGACUCAAGGAUUUACCUGGUUCCAGUGGAAUCAUGCAAACAAUGGGCCGUGACAAGAGAUUGGAGUAUGCUGCAUCAUUUGAGAUUUGCUAUGUCUUUCGGCUUCUCUAUUAUGCGGGAACCCAAUAUCCAAUUAUGGGUGCUCUCAGGAUGGCUUAUCCUUAUCGUUAUGAACUGUACAAGAGGGUGGAUGAACCUUCUGGGAAGGAGAAGUAUGUUAUCAUGUCAACAUUUCCACAGAGGCCAAGUUCUGAUGAAAUCAAUGAUGCAUUCCUAGGAAUAACCAGAGAUCAAAGGAAGAAAUUGACUGGAAUUUGGGGAUUCUUGGGCAGUAUAUUUUAACUUGUAAGCAACAUGGUGGAUGUAUAGUCUGCAUCGCUGGUAAGUCCUGAUUUUAGUUUCAAAAGUAUGAAGAAAUAAUCCGUGCACUUUUUUAUCUGAAUCUUUUGUCAUUCCAAUCUUCUUUCUUUUGGGUUUUUUGGGAUUCUGAUAGUUCUUUUAUUGAGAGCUCACAAUGCUUGUUUAUCAACUUUCUCUGUGAUCUUGCCAGUUACAAGUACCAUUGGACUGGAGAAAAAAAAAUUGUAUAGUUACUGCAUUAUAAACUUUUAAGGUAUAUAGAGUCAGUGAUUGUAUUGAUGACUCAUUCAGGCUAACAUUAGCACAACAAUUCACAUUGAUUUGGUUCUCUUUACCACAAUUA